UUCUCAUUACAUUGCAGGCAUGACAGAAUUUCCAUGUACUUUUCCAAGCCCAUGGACUGGUGAAACAUUUGCUAUUACUUUUGAUUUUUUUUCUUGGACCUGGAUAUUUAACUCUGAUUGCCAAACAAUCACCGUACCGAAUCCAGCUGGACCGACACAAACGUGGCUUUGUCAUCAAAUAACAGAACGCUUCCUUAUUGUCCGGGUACAGGGUACUGACAACUUUCUGUGUUUUCUGAUCUUUUACAAUGAUCUUACAACUCCUGUGACGUUUACGGUUGCAUUUUCUGAUUCUUCCACUACAACGUUUGCCAACCAGACAGGAGAAUUUACAAAUAUAUGUGAAAUGUGUAGAGAACCAAAUGCAGUAGCAGUAGCUAUAGUAACAGGAUCCCCUGUACCCCCCGCUCAGUCUCUUGACUGUAAUAUACCAUCAAUGUGUUCCCCACCUGGUACAGUAUGUGCUUCGAAUGACAUCAUCCAAAAGGGUUCGGAAUGUCCAGGUCAAACGACAGAAUCCACGACAACAUCUACCGCUGAAACAAUAACAACAAUUUCUGAACAAACAACUACACCUGAACAAACAACUACGCCUGAUCAAACAACUACUCCUGAACAAACAACUCCACAUGACCAUUGCAGCAAGAACGGACACAGACAUCCGUUGUUUCGUCAUAUAAGAACACAUGGCAAAUAAUAAAUACAACAGUC